CCUCUACUUUGAGAUGUGAUUAUAUUAUCUGUAAUUUAAUAUUGAAAUUAAUUUAUUUGUUUUGAGAGCUAAUCAAACAUUUGUUAAGUGUUUCAAAAUGAGUGACAAUGAGAGCCAAGAAGUGGUGGAUUCAGAGCAAAGACCGUACGAACACCUCAUUACCGAUACCACCGAUUUGGCCGCUUUUGUCAACCAAUUGACUUUAAAUGAAACCAAUAUUAAGACAAAUGCAUCGGAUUUGAGAACUGGUUUAGUAUACUCUGAAGAGAUGUCAGAACAUCGAUGUCUUUGGGACGACAACUAUGAGGAAAAUCCAAAACGAUUUACACAAACUUUGAAGCGUUUUAAAGAACUGGAACUAAUAGAUCGAUGUCUUGCCCUAAGUCCAAGACAAGCGACCGAAGAGGAGAUUCUACGGAUCCAUUCAAGCGAUCAUUUAUCUGAUAUGAAGAGCACUCGAAAUGUUGAAGACGUGGAACUUCUUGAGGAGAAGUCAUCGCAUUUUGAUGCGGUUUACAUCCACCCGAAGACCUAUGAUUUGGCCCUAUAUUCUGCCGGUUCUACCAUCGAUCUGAUGGAUGAUAUUGUCAGCGGGAAAGUCAAAAAUGGGUUCGCUUUAGUGCGACCGCCAGGACAUCACGCGAUGGCGGCCGAGCCCUGCGGAUACUGUAUCUUCAAUAACGUUGCCAUCGGUGCCAAACAUUGUAUCGAUAACUUAGGUUUGGAGCGUAUUUUGAUAGUUGAUUGGGACGUACAUCACGGACAGGCGACUCAAUACUCGUUUUAUGACGAUCCAAGAGUUCUCUACUUCUCUAUCCAUCGCUACGAAUUUGGGGCCUUUUGGCCGGAGUUAAUCGAAACAAUCGAGACAUUAUUAAAGCAACAAAAUCCCGACGCUUUCGUGCGGCUGGAGUGA